UCGACUCCAGUCACCGGGCAGACACACUCACUCACAGACACUCACACAAACACUCACACUCAGACCACACCGACACCGACACAACUACAGAUAGACACAGGAAGAGGACUUGAUAGACAAACACACAGACUCAACCAGACGGUGAUGGCGCGUCUGCUGGUGCUGCUGGUGGCCGGCGCCGUCUGCACGGCCGCCCUGCCCUCGCCCGACGGACGGCCGCAGCACGCGCCUCCGCCGGUCAUCGCUCCGUCGUACGACGCGCCGGCGCCGGCCGCCGGCUACGGCACGCCCGCCUGCGAGCCGCGCACUCACUACGUCACCAUUACCUCGACCAAGAUCGACUUUGAGACCCAGUACAACACGUACACGGCGCUGGAGCCGACCACGCGCUACCAGCAGGUUACCGAGACCCAGUACCAGCCGAGUACCGUGUACCACUCGCAGUACGUGACAGCGUACGGCGCGCCGGAGGUCAAGGUCAGCACCAAGGUGCUCUACGACACCAAGUACGUCACCGAGCACCAGUACCUGACCGAGACGGUGUUUGUGAUGCAGACCAAGACGGCCUACUACACGGACGUGGUGGCCGUGCAGCAGUACUACACGGAGACGGCCCGGGUGCCCUACUACGUGACGCGGACGGCCUACCACAGCCAGGCGUACCCCGAGUACCGCUACGUCACCGAGACCAAGCUCAGCUACGAGUACAUCACCGAGACGCAGCAGGUGCCCUACUACGUCACGCAGACCAUCACCAACGCCUACCCCGAGUACAAGCAGGUCUACCACACGGAGACGCAGCACCAGUAUGUGACGGUGACGAGCACCCAGUACCAGAACCAGUACGUCACCGUGUGCCCCAAGCCGACGUACCCCAGCUACGGCAAGUAGGAGCCGCCGCCGACCGGCCGGGCGCGGCUCUGACCGCGGAGCCGCAUCGCCCCAGUCGCUGGUCCGCCAAUCAGCUGGUCUUUAUCUGUGAUGUGUGUGAUGUACUGUGAUGUGUGUGGUCGGGUGAGUUUAUACUGUAUGUGUACCAUGUGAUUGUGUAGGUGGGGAGGGGUCACGGGUCGGCUGGUCCGCCCGCUCUGGUCAACAUUGUUCCUCUGACGGUGUUAUUGUUGUGUGGGAAUUCGCGCCCUGCCAUGUGAGACUUGUUAUACAUGCUGACUCGCUGUGAUUUAUCAUGCUGCAACAACGCUACGUGUUACGAUGAUGUACUCCGAAAUGAAAUUUCGUUUUAUAAUAAAAUGUACAACAAUA